AAAACGAAGAAUACCACUUUUAUUCUUUGAUUUAAAUAUUUCACAGUGUAACCGCACAUCACCAAAUGACAGUCAGCCGAGAACGUCAAAAUCAAAAAUAGUUUUUUUUUGCUCGAGUUACGUCCAAAAUGGCAGCUACAAGAAGACUUCAAAAGGAGCUGUCCGACAUACGCGCAUCUGGUCUCAAAUCUUUUCGGGACAUAGUGGUAGAUGAGGGAAACCUUUUACUAUGGUCUGGAUUAAUUGUCCCGGAAAAUGCUCCGUAUAACAAGGGAGCAUUCCGAAUCGAGAUUACGUUUCCUGCGGAAUACCCUUUUAAACCUCCAAAAAUCUCGUUCAAAACAAAAAUAUAUCAUCCAAAUAUUGACGAGAAAGGUCAAGUGUGUCUGCCUAUCAUAAGCGCAGAAAAUUGGAAACCGGCAACAAAGACUGAUCAAGUCAUUCAAGCUCUCAUAGCACUGGUCAACGAUCCAGAGCCGGAGCACCCCUUGAGAGCAGAUUUAGCGGAAGAGUAUUUGAAAGACCGUAAAAAAUUUACAAAGAAUGCGGAGGAGUAUACCAGGAAGCAUAGUGAGAAACGGCCGGAAUAAGUGAAACGAGCAUUCGUCUGUCUUCUCAGCGCCCUGCAAAAAUCCAAAUCACAAUUCACAUGCAAAUGUGUAUACUUACUUAAAUUCAUCCUAGUAUUUUUCCUUUUUAUAAAUUUCUAAUUUAAAUCAAAGCUGGAGUUAAAAAUCCGACACGGAAAACACAUCUAAUUAUAAUAAAAACUAAUAGUUCAAGCAAUUUUCUUUUAUUUGUUUAGCAUAAAACAAUGCUCUUAUUCAUAACACUUAUUGUAGUUUUCCGAGUGCGCCGAAUCAUUUCAAAAUCGUUCUUUAGCUUUGCCAGGUUAAGCAAGUUGUUGUUGAGCUUUGAACCGCUUUUCCCUUCCAUAGAACUCGAAUUCAUAUAUCAUAUAUGCAACCUCCUUUAACAAAGUAAAAUAACUAAAAAGCAACCUACAUUAUAAGAACUAAUGUAACAACAUUAAAAUCGCAUUGGAAUGAAGAGAAAGAAAGUGUGUAAUGCAUUUAAUUUAGAUCUAAACAAUAUGUACUAUGUAACACGUCUGUGAAAGCAAACUGCGUUCUAACUAUAAUUAGACAAAGAAGAAUAUGUUCAAUAAAAACGAAUUAACAAAUGUUAAAACA